GGAGCUUGUGGAAGUUUUCUCGAGUGAUAUAGCUUUUUAUAUCCAUUAAGAUACUUUUUGGACACAAGAAAUAUGUCGACAGGGACUCUUUUGUUAGAGUGCACAGAGUUCUAUAAUAUUCUCAACCAGGCAGGAAGGUACCCGAGGCUGAGUGAUCCGAACUAUUUACUCCUUUUAGAUACCAGACAAAUGCAUGACUACAGUGAAAGCCAUAUCAUAACAGCAAAGUUUGCACCAAGGAAUGACAUCGGUGCUUUCCUAGUUCCUCAUGAGGCUGAACUGCAGACCAAGGAACAUGUGGUUAUUUAUGACAGUAACACCAGUUCCCUCAAAGACAAAAACAGCACAGCACUGUCAUGUGCCAAGCUAAUGUGGGAUAUGGGAAGCAAGAAUCCUGUCAAAGUUAUUAAAGGUGGAUAUGAAGACUUUUCAGCACUGUACCCAUUCUUACGAACACAGAAGAUCAUAUACAUGGCAAGGGAACUGGAUGUGAUUGAUACAUAUCCAGUGGAGGUUAUACCAGGCUUUUUAUAUCUAUCAACAUUCCAACAAUCCCAAGACAAAAAAAUUAUCAAGGAUCUCAAAGUGAAGGCAAAUGUGAUUGUGGCAAAAGAAACUGAUACAAUUUUUGAUCCUGAAAGAACAACACUUGGCAAAGAUGAGAAGAGGAUCAAACAUAUUCUUACUUUACCAGUUAAUGACAGUGGCACAGAGGAUAUUUAUUCCCAAUUGACAGACGUCGUGAGUUUCAUUGAUGACCAUGACAACAAAGACGGAAGAACUGUUCUACUAACUUCAACCCUAGGCAUAAGUCGAAGUGCCACGGUAGCAAUAGCCUAUUACAUGUGGAAUAAAAAAGUUUCCUUAAAGGAUGCUUACAACCAUCUGAAGAAAUGCAGAGAAAAUAUGCAGCCAACGCGAGGAUUUAUUGAACAGCUGUCCCGUUGGGAAGAAAAGAUGUUUGGUUCUAAAGUCACAGACGUUACUGAACCCGAAUAUUAGUCAAAAAAAAAAAAAAAAACCGAAGAGAAAAAACUGUCAGACCGUUUGAAUCUUUUAUCCCUUUGGUGCUUAUGGUCUUGACAGUUUGUAAUGUUUGCAGUGCGAUUUUUAUUUGUUUCAUUGGCUGGUAUCGUUCACCCAAAUGUACUGACCUCUAGCGAAGGUCUAAGCUUUUCGGGAAUGCCUCCGUGGCAAUAGAAGUUUAGUAUCCCAAAGUCACAAUCACAGGCUUUUCUUUCAAUAAAUACAACUGUUUAUUUA